AUGGCCACCCCGCAGCCGUUGCCCGCUGAGAGAAGAAAAGGAAGUUUGUGUCCGAAACUGUUUCAGAUCCAGCUGUGGGGUGAGAGCCCCAAGGCAGGGAGCACCAGACGCCAGCCCCAAGGCAGGGAGCACCAGACCCCAGCCCCAAGGCAGGGAGCACCAGAUCCCAGCCCCAAGGCAGGGAGCACCAGACCCCAGCCCCAAGGCAGGGAGCACCAGACCCCAGCCCCAAGGCGGGGAGCACCAGACCCCAGCCCCAAGGCAGGGAGCACCAGACCCCAGCCCCAAGGCAGGGAGCACCAGACCCCAGCCCCAAGGCAGGGAGCACCAGACCCCAGCCCCAAGACAGCGAGCACCAGAUCCCAGCCCCAAGGCAGGGAGCACCAGAUCCCAGCCCCAAGACAGGAAGCACCAGAUCCCAGCCUUAAGACAGGGAGCACCAGAUCCCAGCCCCAAGGCAGGGAGCACCAGACCCCAGCCUUAAUACAGGGAGCACCAGAUCCCAGCCUUAAGACAGGGAGCACCAGACCCCAGCCCCAAGCCAGGGAGCACCAGACCCCAGCCCCAAGCCAGGGAGCACCAGACCCCAGCCCCAAGGAAGGGAGCACCAGAUCCCAGCCCCAAGGCAGGGAGCACCAGAUCCCAGCCUUAAGACAGGGAGCACCAGACCCCAGCCCCAAGCCAGGGAGCACCAGACCCCAGCCCCAAGGAAGGGAGCACCAGACCCCAGCCCCAAGCCAGGGAGCACCAGACCCCAGCCUUAAGACAGGGAGCACCAGACCCCAGCCCCAAGCCAGGGAGCACCAGACCCCAGCCUUAAGACAGGGAGCACCAGACCCCAGCCCCAAGCCAGGGAGCACCAGACCCCAGCCUUAA